AUGAAGAAAGACACUGUGGAGGUCUUGUGGAGUGCUCAGAAGAAGGCCAAGCAAAGCCUCAGAAAGAUGACUUCCACGCCCUUUGUGCGGGCUCUGCGAUUGGAAGAUCCACCAAACAAGUUUUCACCCCCGGCGUUUGCAGUCUAUGAUGGAAAAACAGAUCCAGUAGCACAUAUUUCAACCUAUACUCAUAAGAUGGCUCUUUGGGCAAGUCGGGACGAACUUAUAUGCAAAAUGUUUUCGUCAAGCCUCGGGAUAACAGCCAUGAAAUGGUUCCACCAACUUCCGGAGAACUUAGUUUCGUCUUGGAGGGAGUUGGCACAGAUCAUCGUGACAAGAUUCAUAGCAAAUAGUCGAGAUCUAGCAAUAUUGGAUACGCUGUUUGCUUUACAUCUGAGGAAAGGAGAAUCACUCAGGGCUUAUGCUGUCAGGAUAGGAUUAAACAAUAGGUCAAACUGGAAGAAGACAAGUAGGGGGAUCGACAGUUUGCUUCUCAGGAAGGGACAAAAAAAAAAAGAAAAUAAGAAGUUUGAAAACAAGAAUGGGCAAGAAAAAGACUCAAAGAAGGAUCCGAAGCCCAGUUCUUACGAAGUGGUAAAGACAAUAUUUAAGGACCCAAUUUUUCAAAUUCUGCCUCAGAUCGCGGACAAGCUGUAUUUCCUUCGUCCAAAUAAGAUGUCAGGGGAUCCGUCCACUAGAAACCAGUCCAAAUGGUGUUCCUAUCAUAGGGACAAAUGCCACAGGACAGAAGAUUGCAGAGAGUUCAAACGACACUUGGAAGAAUUGGUUCAACAGGGGCAUUUUAAGGAAUUCAUUGACAAAGAGAAGACCGCUGCCGAAAAGAAGGCAGAACCUUAG